AUGAGAAUAAAUCAUGCCAACCUCUCACGCACAAUAAUAUACGGCACCUCUGCCGUUCGCAUAUCAGAGCCAGGCGUUGAUGCAACCCAUCGGUGGCGGGUCUACGUCCGAGGAUACAAAAAUACAGACAUAAGCUACUUUAUUCGAAGCAUCACUUUCAAGACACACGAGACAUUUGCAAACCCCACAAGAACAGUCGAAGGCCCGCCCUUUGAAAUCGAAGAGUGCGGCUGGGGCGAGUUUACUAUUGCAGGAAAAAUCUACUUCACAGACGCGCACGAAAAACCUCUUUCAUUUAUUGUGUCUCUAAAGCUCCACAACGACCCGACAAACAGAGUAAUUGGAGACAUCGAGUACAACGCAAACGAAAUAGUAAACGAGAGAAUGGACACUAUAAUAUUUGAAAGCCCCUCUGAGGCCAUAUACAAGAUCAUGCAGAGCCAUGAAGAGCCAGCAUUCGAUGGCGACAUAGAGAAAAGAAUUGUCGAAGAGCGCACAAAGAUAGAAAAGGCCAUAGACUAUCUCAUUUCAAAACUUGGAGAAGAAAACAUAGUUUAG